ACAUGUAGCUAUAUAUAGUUUGUUUUCUCAGCAAAUAAAACAGCAGUUAUUUAAUGUUUGAUAAAAGAUAUCAAUUUAUUAUGAUAAUAAUGACCUGAAAGUGCAUGAUGUGGAUACAUGUUAAUUAAACAGAAAGAAAUGCUGGAACUUUCUAAAACAUUGAUGCAAUCAUGACAAAUGUUUAGAAAACAGUUAAUUUUCCCAGUGGAUUUGAUUGUUUGAAAUUAUCCAAAGGUUUUGAUGUAACAUGCUGAAAGAAGUGAUUCAUUUGAUUUCAGAUCACAAUUGGCAUGGAGUUAUCUUUUCCAAUUGCUAUUUUCAAUUAAUAUAAAAUUUUGCAGGAUAAAUUAUUAAUUUUUGUUUUCUUUUACCAAGAUCUUGUAUAAGUGUUUAGUAGAAUAUUACAUUAAGAUAGGAAAAUGUUUGAUUACAUCAUAUAUAUUGUUACUAAUAUAAGUACACAAUGUACAUAUACUAACAUUCCAUAUAUUAAGAUAUACCUAGGCCUGAUGCUAUUCUUCUGUAAGGUACUGUACUUGAAUGUUCUUUAGGGUAACCCCAAUGUCAUUUGUCCAUCCAUUAUCAUGAAACAAAAUAUAUUUGUAUUAAUAUUAAUAUAAAUUAAUGAAUAGUAAUAAUGAUGCCCCAUUUUCUAAACUAUUAAGUAUACAGUUCUUCUUCAGUAUAAGAAUAGUUAUGAUUCAUUUAGUUAAUUGAUAGAUUUAAUUUAGUAACUAAAGAAAACAUUUAUUCUCCACUCUGAUGUAAAUUUCAUCGUUUCAACUUUAAAUUCAAAACACAUUAGCUAUUUGAUGAGAACUCUUCAAAAGAUACUUCACAUUUCAACAAUUGUUUGUGGGAAUUAUAUGAGUUUGCUGAUAUAUCAACACAAUAAGAUCACAAACUUUUUUUUUCAAAUCUGAUUUUUUUUUAAUUAUUUUUUUUUAAAAUUUUUAUUAUAAGAUAAAUGUACUGUUGAAUCUGUGUUAUUGUUGUUUUGACUUGUCAGACUAUAUAUGGGUAGAAACUGCAACCUGUUACAUUGGUUUUUAGAUGUGGUUCAUGUCCUAACUUUUGUUUGUAAGGAUUGAAAUGAAUCAAGGGGAUUUUUUUACCAUUUGUUUGGUAUCUUAUUUACAUCAUUGAAAGCCACAGUUUUUUCUAUGUAGUCAGUAUCUUAAAUUACGAUUUUAAUGUUUUCUUUCGUCAUAAAGUGAUAUUCAAUACAGGUAGAUUUUGGAUUUUUAAAGAUAGGUAGGGCCAAAUGUAUAUUUUAAUGCCCAAACAGAUGAGUAAUAUUAGUAAACUGUUUGUUCUUUUUAGGUCCCCUUCACCUGAGCCAAUCUAUAACAAUGAGGGAAAGAGGCUGAACACUCGAGAGUACAGAACCAGGAAAAAACUUGAGGAAGAACGCCACAAACUUGUUCAGGAAGCUAUGGACCUCAACGAUGAGUACAAACCUCCAGCAGAUUACAAGCCACCAGUGAUAAGAGUCAAUGACAAAGUCAUGAUACCUCAGGAAGAAAACCCAGAGAUCAACUUUGUUGGGCUUCUAAUUGGACCUCGAGGAAAUACACUGAAAAAUCUGGAAAAAGAGACUGGGGCCAAAAUUAUCAUCCGAGGGAAGGGAUCAGUGAAGGAAGGGAAAAUUGGACGAAAGGAUGGACAACCUUUACCAGGAGAGGAUGAGCCCUUACAUGCUUAUGUCACCGCCAACAACCCAGAAAAUGUGAAAAAAGCUGUUGAGAAGAUAAAGGAAAUCAUAACUCAAGGUAUUGAGGUUCCUGAAGGACAAAACGAUCUCCGCCGCCAACAGCUAAGAGAAUUAGCCCUGCUCAAUGGAACUCUCAGAGAAAACGAUGGCUUAGCGAAAUUAAAGCAGUUACAACAGGCCCAAACCAUUAUCACUAACACAAUCAUCUGUUCUGUGUGUGGAGGGACUGGUCAUAUAGCUCAGGACUGUAAGGCUAAACGACCUGGUGACACGCUGAGAAUAACUACACCCACACCAGCCAUUAAUCAAGUUGACAAGGCAAAGAUGGACAGUGAGUACAUGUCAUUGAUGGCAGAACUUGGGGAAGGACCACCCCCAUCACAACAGAAACCCACUCCUCAUCCAGCUCAACCCUUCAGACCUCAGAUGAGCCACCCUCCUCCCAAUCCUAUGGGAGUAAAUCCCCCAUGGCAGCAAAACACGAUGCAAAGACCUGGUCCACCCUCAAUGAUGAGAAUGAACCAACAUCCGACGUCACAGCAGAAUCAACCUCCGAUGCAGCAACAACAGCAGCAGUUCAUGCAUCGGCAACCCCCUGCUGGUAUGGGUAUGCCCAUGGGGUCCAUGCCCCCUACACAAAUGCAGCCCCCUCCAAGUCAGAUGCCAGCACCUGUUGGCCCCCCACCCCCCUCUCAGUUCAAUUCUUCUGCAGGGCCAGUGCCACCUCCAUGGCAGCAGUCUGUCACUGCAGUUCCUACACCGAGUAGCUCCAACACGACAGCAGUCAUGGGUGUUCCUCCUCCUUCACUGCUAUCAGCUCCGCCACCUCCUCCACCAAGCAGUCAGCCCCCAAAUUCUAUGUCAUGGAUGCAACCUCCACAGAAUGCAGGUGUACCUCCACCCCCACCUGUGACAUCUGCAGGAACUCCCUCUCCUUGGGGUACAACAGCACCUCCCCCACCCCCCUCACAGCUGGCACCCUGGCAGCAGCAAGCAGGACAUGCGCCCAACCCUGUGGCCCCACCUCCUCCACCACCUAGUCAGCCAGGAGGCUACAACCCGAUACCACCUCCUCCUCCUCCAGGAGGAUUUGACAUGAACAAUUUAGGAGGGUUAAACCAAAUGUUGGUCAAUCCACCACCCCCUCCUCCAAACUGAUGGCAGCAUUACGUUGUAAAAACAGACAGUAUUCCAGGAUUCCAACCAACUUGAAAUGUGUGUUCUUUUAGUUAUUACAAAAUCAGAUUUCAGAUAUCUAGCUGGCCAUGUGCAACAAAAUCUGACCUUGUACACUAGCCUGAAUUACUGCUAGUCUUGUGCCUCAGACUAAUUGAUUCAUACAAUGUUAUGUUUUGUAAGAGGGAAGAUAGCACACAUUAUAUACCAAAAUCUGUCACUCUUACCAGAUUUUGGUGAAUAAUAAUAUUUUUUAUUAAUGUGACAUUGUGUUUUAAUUUUUCUGUGUGAUUAUAAUAUAGUGAAGAUCAAAAAUUUUGUAUGUAUGUUAUCGCUUUAUUUAUGAGAAAGAUAGUCAUGAUUUAAUAUUAUAUAUUUUCAAAGAAAAUAACUCCAUAAAAGAGCUGUGUACAGUAGUUUUACAGCCUAAAUAAAAUACCCUUUUUUGGCAAUUUUAAUACAGUGAUCUUAGUAAAAAAAAUCAUUAUAUUUAAUCUAUCAUGGUAUGCAUGUAAAUGAAUUGAAAAUUAAACCAACACUAGAAUGAAAAGGAUGAAAAUAAAAAAAGUUCAAGUGUAAUUGGUAUUUAUUCAGGGAAAGUUCUAUUAAAUUGAUGAAAAUAAUUUGUAAAGAUCUUUUGUGUGAUUAAUGUAGAUUUUGCUAAAAUGAAUGAAUGACAGAGCAGCAGGAAAGGCUGUUGGUUCUGCUGCAAAAUUGUUAACUUUAUUAUCAUCAUUUCAACAUGAUAAUUUUGUUCUCAUUGAAUCAACCUUCUUUGCUACAAUAGUAAAAGGUCUUUAAACUUUACAAACUUUCAUUGUCUAUAAUUUCAGCAUGUGUAUGUCACAUUUUCAUUUUCUUUUCAUGUUGCAUUUUAUACUGAUUUUAAUUGCACCAGUAGCGACCUAUUCCAGAGUUGAGUAAACACUGGAACUUAAGUAUGUACAUACCAUACCAUAAACUGGAUUUAUGGUUCUAAGAACUAAAAAAACUAUAUCUGCACGAUGAUUAUACAUAAAAUGCACUGAUUUGAUUAUCAGAAAUAAACAUAAAAAUAUUAAAGAAUGUUAUUAAGUUUUUUAAUAGUUUUUGAUGGAAAAUAUAUGUAUGAAAUACAAACUUUACUUAACACCAGUUGUAGGACUAUGGCAAACAUUUUUCCUUCACUGCCCAUGCGGCAAGUGAGCUUCUGUUAUGAUGGCAUCCUAUCCUUUGUUCAUCCAGCAUAAACUUUUCAUUCAAACAACUAAAUAACUAAGAGGCCAAACAAUCUGGCUGUAAUUUGCUUGGAUGAAGAGCUUCUAAGUACCAAUUACCACAACUUUCACAGUCACAGAACUGAUAUUGGACCAGUAGCAUUCUCGGAUACCAGAUGUGUUAAAAUAAAUGAUCUACUUUCAAAGUCACAGAGAUCAAAUAUUCUAAAAAGAUUUAAGUGUCUUUACCAAUAACCAUGAAGCCAGAGACCUGAAAAUAGGCUUGUAGUAUGCUUGGAUGAUGAGCUACAUAGUUUUGUGUUUUGUUCAAAUAAAUGACCUUGACCAACUUUCAAGGUCACUUGAUCAAAAUUUGCUAGUCUUUAAACAACUUCUCAUUCUCUAUGCAAUUCGCCCUUUGUCUGCCGUCUGUCUGUAUUGCUGUUUCUCCAAUUUCAUUGGGAGUUUCUCCAGGUCCCUAGUUGUGCAUGAUGAUUGGGAAAAAAACUGGCUGAAAGGUGGCCAUUUUGAAUUUUGACAGGUGUUUGUACUUGAAUGAUAUUUCUCAAACUUGAUAGUUAUGUUUCCCAUGGUCACUAGUUGUACAAUUUGAUUUUGAGUUAUCUAGAAAAUAAAAUGACUUACAACCAUCUUGAA